AUGGGGCCGAAGAACAGAGUGCGCCCUGCGACGCCCCAAUCAUGCGAGAGGGAUCUGUCGCUGGACGCCAGGCUGCAAUUGGAUGGGACUGAUGCACAAGAUGGCAUCCAUCCAGCGCAGCACGCGUGGCAAUGUGUUGCCGCACGGCCGUCUUCGACAUGGACGGGCUGCCAUGGCUGCAUGAGACAAAGAUAUAAAUUGCCAAUAUGAGCACUGCCGCGUUCCCAACACCUAGGGACAGGGUGGGGAGAUGUCAGCUUCUUUCUGCAGGUUCACGACGACCUUCUCACACCGAUCAUGGCGACAGUGAGGCUCGCUCAAGGAUCCGUCCGCGGGACACAAUCCUCAGCGAAUGCGACCACCUACUAUGCGAUCCCAUACGCAAAGUACAACGGCCGCUUCGCUAGCGCGUCGCCGGUUGCGCCGGGCACCGUGGAAUACGAUGCGACCCGGCGAGGCGUCAUUUGCCCGCAGUCUGCCUCGAGACUGGCCCGGGUCACCGGUCCCAAACCUCCCUCCACCGAUGGCAUGGCAGAAGACUGUCUGCUGCUCUCGGUUGCCGUACCAACCUCGGCCUCGUCCUCCGCCGAGAAGCGACCGGUCAUGGUCUUUCUCCAUGGUGGCGCCUACGUCACGGGAGGGGGACAGCUUGCCUGGUACGACGGCUACCAGAUGGCCGGCGAGGGAAGUGUUACUGUCGUCUCUGUCAAUUACCGGCUCGGUGCGCUCGGCUACCUCUACGAUGAGUCGCGUCCGCUUGGACUGGGGACCGAAGACGCUCUCCUCGCCCUCGACUGGGUCCGUAGAAACAUUGGUGCCUUCGGAGGCGAUGCAGCCAAGGUCACGCUCUUUGGUCAGUCGGCAGGCGCAUACACGACGCAGCUGCUUGUCAAUGCCGGUUCAGAUCUCUUCAGCCGCGCCAUUGUCCAGAGCUCGCCCACCUCGGUCGUGCUGACGAGCGAACAGGCCCAAAAGGUGCGCGGCGACUUUGAGACGCAUCUCCGCGAUGUGCUCCACACGGAUCUGUUGGGAGCCACGAGCGAGCAGAUCCUCGAGGCGCAGAGGGCGGCCAUAACGAACAACUCGAACCUCGAGCUCCCCUUUGCGCCCGUCACGGCCGAGGGACCGCUCGGGGUAGCGAAGAACCACUCGGCGCCCAAGGACAUCCUCAUGGGCUGGAUGAAGGACGAUGCAUCCGUCUUUGUCGACCUGAAGCUCGAGUCGCUGGGCGUGCCUCGACUUGUGCGUCCGCCGCUCGUCUUGGCUGCCACUGGCCCCGCUACGGCGGCUACGUUUGCCGACCCGGCGCGCAGGCUGGCACAGAAGUGGUGCACAGAGCAGGGACACCGCACGACUUUGUACGAGAACACGUGGAGGCCGAGGGACGCCGCCUACGGUGCCGCCCACGUCUCGGACAUGCCCCUGUUCCUCGGUGACGAAGAGGCGUGGAAGGCAGCGCCGAUGCUGGGGAGCGAACCGUGGCAGACGCAGUGGGGCCCGCGCGGACACACCGCCCGGGCCUUUUGGACGGCAUUUGCGACGAAUGCGACGGUGGGCCCCGCGUUUGACAAUUAUCGUAUUGGCAUCUGAGGCUACUAGCUACACAUGUGACCCUCUCUCCCUAGCUAAGUGCACGCUGUCAAUUAUAAUACCCAAGCUGCGAGCAGAGGCGAGCUUGCCAAACCCUCCAUGACGAAGAGUUGAGCGCUUGAUCGAUCAUCAUCCACCGUCCGAGCAAUACAGU